AUGAACACACCAAAUAUGGAACAGUCGGUGACAGGGGCAAGUUUGAGAAGCUAUGUGGAACCUUUGAGAAGUGGAGCCUUGAUGAAGGAAGUUGACCAAUGGAAGCCGGCAGCUAUCAUUUUGAAGGUUGAGCUAUGCAAUUUCAGCGAGUACAAGAUCCACCCUGGACACAGGCGGCACUACACCAGGACCAACUGGAAGGUUUUCCAGUUUCUUAAUUCAAAAUGCGAGUCCGCAUUUCUUUCCAAAAGGAAUCCUUGGCAGAUAAACGGAAAUGUCCUCUACAGAAAAAAACACAAGAAUGGACAGUGGGAAGGAAUUCAAAAGAAAAGAACCCGCCCCACAGUCAAAUUCCAGCGGGACAUCACUGGUGCAUCUCUUGCUGAUAUAACGGCCAAGAUGAAUCAGAAACCAGAAGUUAGAGCUCAGCAAGUGCAGGCUCUCAAGGCUGCCAAGGAAGCAAAAAAGGCUAGGCAGGCAUCAAAGAAGACAGCAAUGACUUCUGCCAAGGCCCCCACAAAGGCAGCACCUAAAGAAAAGAUUGUGAAGCCAAUGAAGGCCUCUGCUCCCCGAGUUGCUAGGGAUGACAGUGAGGAGCUGACCGCCAUCCAUUUCCACAUUGCCAUUCAGCACUCAGAAAGUCUACCAGAAACGAAGGAGGAAGUGAUUUAUGGUGUGUUGCAGGACGCCACGCUUGCACAGUACUGCAUGCGGAGCAGAGAUCAAUUCGUGGCUUACAAAUUUGUCACAGGACGGUGCGUCUUGCAGUCUGCCACCUUCAAAUUAGGUGUCAUGAUGAGAGAAAAAAUAUGGCAGUGCCUUGGGAAGAAAAUACCACGUUUUGAUGAGGAUCUGGAAAUGGUCUGGGAGAGUGAGAGGUGGGAUACCAGGAGUCUCAUUUGA